AAAGAAGGAAGCGUAGCUAGCUAAGCUUUGAUUUUGCGGUGAGGAUGCCGAGGAUGAUGAUGGACGGAGGCUACUGAUGCAUUGAAUUGGGAUCAUUAGAGUUGUGGGUAUCGGAUUCUUUGUUAUGACAACAAUUUCCUUUGGGCCAGCAGGGUGAGGACGAGAGAGCAGCUGCAGUAUGUACUCCGAAUGGCGCUCGUUGCACCUGGUGGUGCAGAGUGACCAGGGCCACCUGAGCGUGCUCCACACCUACCCGGGAGGAGUUGGGCUUGAGGUGGCCAAUGCUGUGGUCAAACCCCUGGGAACUGCCGUCAGUCCGGAAAACAUCCUCAAGACGGACAAAGAGGUGAAGUGGACUAUGGAGGUAUUGUGUUACGGCCUAACCCUUCCCCUGGAGGGAGAUACGGUUAAGCUGUGUGUGGAUGUGUACACGGACUGGAUGAUGGCGCUGGUUUCCCCCAGGGACUCCAUACCCCAGCCUGUUGUGAAAGACCCUAAUCUAUACGUCCAGACCAUCCUCAAACAUCUCUACAACGUCUUCCUGCCUAGGCCUCAGCAAGAUGGUUUGAGCCACAUCAGGCUGUGCCAGCAGGUCCUCACAGCCGUACAGAAGUUGGCGAGGGAGUCUUCCUUGAUGGUGAGGGAGACCUGGGAGGUGCUCCUGCUGUUCCUUCUCAGGAUCAACGAUUGUCUUCUGGCCCCCCCCACCACCGGAGUGGGAGUGGCAGAGAAGCUGGCAGACAAGCUGAUGGCCGUGCUGUUCGAGGUGUGGUUGCUGGCGUGCGCCCGUUGUUUCCCCACCCCGCCCUACUGGAAGACAGCCAGGGAGAUGCUGGCCAACUGGAGACACCACCCGCCCGUAGUGGAGCAGUGGAGCAGGGUGACCAGCGCUCUCACCUCCAGGUUGUUGAGGUUCACCCACGGCACCACGUUCCCUCCUUUCAAAGUCCCUGAUGAGGACGCCAACCUGAUCCCCGUGGAGAUGGACAACGACUGUGUGGCCCAGACCUGGUACCGCUUCCUCCACAUGCUCAGCAACCCUGUGGACCUGAGCAACCCUGCGGUGGUGAGCACCACGCCAAAGUUCCAGGAGCAGUUCCUCAACUCCAGCGGCAUCCCCCACGAGGUGGUUCUGCACCCCUGCCUGAAGCAGCUGCCCCAGAUCUUCUUCAGAGCCAUGAGAGGCAUCAGCUGCCUGGUGGACGCCUUCCUGGGCAUCUCUCGGCCUCGGGCUGACAGUGCCCCUCCCACCCCCGUCAACAGGCUGAGCAUGUCCUCUCCUCCUUCGGUCAACAACACCACGCCCCCUCACAGCCGAAAGCAGCGACACACCGUGGUCACCAAAACCUACAGCAAAAGUUCCACUGGGAGUGUCUCCCAAACGAACAAAGUGUCCCAGCAGCCUUCCUCCUCCCCCACCCUGCUCUCCAGCCCCAAUCAGAGCAGCUGGGAGUCCAGGCCCCUCCCUGCCCCGGCUAGGGCCAAGGUCAACAGCAUCCUCAACCUGUUUGGACAAUGGCUGUUCGACGCUUCUCUGGUGCACUGCAAGCUGCAUAGCGGCCUCAGUAGAGACCCAAGCAUGACUGCCGUAGCCACCCAGGUGGGUCUGGAGCUGAGGAGGAAGGGGUCUCACAUGUCCGCAGACUCCAUGGUGUCCAACCCCUUGUUCGACGCCAACGAGUUCCCCGAGAGCUACGAGUCUGGCCGGGCGGAGGCCUGUGGGACACUCUGCCGCAUCUUCUGCAGCAAGAAAACCGGAGAGGACAUCCUUCCUGUCUACCUGUCCAGGUUCUACAUGGUUCUGAUCCAGGGCCUCCAGAUCUCAGACUUCAUCUGCCGGCCGGUGCUAGCCUGCAUCAUCCUCAACUCAGCCUGCCUGUUCUGCUCCGACCUGAAGGGCGUCAACGUGGUGGUCCCCUACUUCAUCUCAGCUCUGGAGACCAUCCUCCCCGACAGGGAACUGUCCAAGUUCAAGGUGUACGUGAACCCCACAGACCUGAGGAGGGCGUCUAUCUACAUCCUCCUGUCCAUGCUGCCCCUGCCUCACCACUUCGGCAACAUUAAGUCAGAGGUUCUGCUGGAGGGGAAGUUCGGCGAGGAUGACGGCUCGCCUCACGACCAGCCUGUUUCUUUCCUGUCGCUCAGACUGCGUCUGGUCAACGUCCUCAUAGGGGCUCUGCAGACGGAGACUGACCCCAACAACACCCAGCUCAUCCUAGGUGCAAUGCUCAACAUUGUGCAAGACUCUGCACUUCUGGAGGCUAUAGGAACACAGACUGAAACAGGCAGCGUUGACGGGAGCCACGCAGGACUGAGGAGUAACAGCCACAGCCGUACUAACAGUAGCAUCAGCUUCACCAGCGGGGGCAGCACUGAGCCCACCAGCCCAGACUCAGAGCGCCCAGGUCAAGCCCUGCUCCGAGACUACGCUCUUCCAGAUACGGCCGCGGGGCUGCUGGUGCGCAGCAUCCACCUGGUGACCCAGAGACUCAGUGCCCAGUGGAGGGCUGAGAUGAGCAUCUCCCUGGCUGCCCUGGAGCUGCUGGCUGGCCUGGCUAAGGUGAAGGCGUGCGUGGACUCGGCGGAACGCAAGCGUGCGGUCAGCUGCGUAUGCGGCUACAUCGUGUUCCAGUGCAGCCGCCCUGCCCCCCUCCACUCCCGGGACCUCCACUCCAUGAUCGUGGCGGCCUUCCAGUGCCUGUGUGUGUGGCUGACUGAGCACCCAGACAUGCUGGAUGAGAAGGACUGCCUGAUGGAGGUGCUGGAGAUCGUGGAGCUGGGGAUCUCAGGCAGCAAGUCCAGACACGACCAGGAAGUGAGACACAAGGGGGAGAAGGAGCAUAACCCCGCCUCCAAGAGGGUGAAGGAUGCCGCCGAGGCUACUCUGUCCUGCAUCAUGCAGGUCCUGGGGGCGUUCCCAUCUGCCAGUGGCCCCGCCUCCACCUGCAGCCUGCUGAACGAGGACACUCUGAUUGGCUACGCCAGACUUAGCUCCACAGGGGCUAGCAACUUCCGCUACUUUGUCCUGGACAACUCUGUCAUCCUAGCCAUGCUGGAGCAGCCGCUGGGUAAUGAGCAGAACCCUAGUCCGUCCGUGACGGUUCUGAUCCGAGGGAUGGCGGGCAGACACGCCUGGACCAUGCAGCUCUUCCACCAGCCCAGAGGAGCCCGGGCCAACCAGAGGCAGGUGUUUGUGCCCGAAGGCCGGCCCACGGCCAACAAUGACGUAGGCAUCAAGUACACCGUCAAGCAGAGGCCCUUCCCUGAGGAGGUGGAUAAGAUCCCUCUGGUCAAGGCUGACGUCAGCAUCCCUGAUCUGGAUGACAUUGUCAACAAGGAGGAUAUGGAUGACGUGGCAGAUAUGUGCUCCCUGAGGGGUAAUAUUUCAUACCUGGAGGUGCAGCACGACAAGCUAAGCAGCGUGAUGAACAAACAGAUAGAGUACGAGAGCUCCCUUGAGCGCCAUAGCGACGACCUCUGGAGGUCGAAGCCGUUCCCGGACCCCCAGACCGACUGCAAACCCCCCUCACCUGCUCAGGAGUUCCAGACAGCCCGCCUCUUCCUGUCGCAUUUUGGCUUCCUGUCUCUAGAGGCACUGAAGGAACCCGGAAACAGUCAACUACCUCCUCAUCUGAUUGGUCUGGACUCCUCACUGCCAGGCUUCUUCGAGGACAUCGCCUACCUGGACCUGUUGCCAUGCCGACCUUUUGACACCGUCUUUGUAUUCUACAUGAGGGCGGGGCAGAAAAGCAGUCAGGAGAUCUUGAGGAAUGUGGAGUCGUCGUCCAGUGUCCAGCCCAACUUCCUGGAGUUUCUUCUGUCGCUAGGCUGGCCUGUGGACGUGGCCAGUCAUCCUGGCUGGACCGGACACCUGGACACCAGCUGGACCCUCAACUCCUGCUCUGACGGCCACGACGACCAACAGACAGAUGACAGAGGAGUCCCACAGGACACGGGCGGCUCUGCGUUUAAUGGGGAGAAGAAGGUGUUAUACUACGCCGACGCUCUGACCGAGAUCGCCUUCGUGGUCCCAUCUCUGACGGACUCCUCAGAGGAGUCCUCGGUGCACAGUGACUCCACAGUGGAGGCAGACACCAACAUGGACGCCCUGCCUAACUUACUGAAGCAACCCAAUCUCACUCUGGAGCUGUUCCCCAAUCACUCUGACAACCUGGAGACGGCCAAGAAGCUCAGUCCCCUGGUGAAGACCAAGAGAGCCCCCACAGGAAGGGCUGCCCCUCCCCUGGGGCCAGAGACCAAGGUGUUGGUAGUUUGGGUGGAGCGCUUCGAUGACAUCGAGAACUUCCCUCUUUCAGAUCUUAUGGCAGAAACGACCACAGGGUUGGAGGCGAGCGCCAGCAACAGCACUUCCUCCCGGUCAGGGUUGGAGAAGGACAUCCCCCUGAUCUUCAUCCACCCUUUGAAGACGGGCCUGUUCAGGAUUAGACUCCAUGGAGCCGUGGGCAAGUUCAGCAUGGUCCUCCCCUUGGUGGAUGGAAUGGUGGUUGGCCGCAGGGUACUUGGGUUCCUGGUGCGUCAGACAGUCAUCAACGUGUGCCGGCGAAGGCGUCUGGAGAGCGACACCUACAACCCUCCCCACGUCAGGCGAAAGCAGAAGAUCACAGAGGUCGUCCACCGCUACCGAAACAAGCAGCUGGAGCCAGAGUUCUACACCUCUCUCUUCCAAGAGGUGGGAGUGGAGAGGCCUCACCUUUGACCCCUCUGUAAAGGCACACCUGUAUGCAGACACACACACACCACAUACACACAUAACCACUCACAGAUUGUCUAUAUUUUUACUGUAGUUUGUAAUUUAUAUCAACACUUGUCUGCCAUUUACCAAGCGCAAAGUGUCACAGAAAAAAAUGCAAAGGAUAGAUUUAUACACACCAGAGACUAACUUGGAAUGGCCCUGUCAGUUAAUAAGCUUUGGGUAGAGGACUCUGCCACACAUGGUACUGAGUCCACGCUUUGUGGCAACAGUUUCUGCCUUUCUUUGAAUGCAAUAGAGUAGCCUAUGCCUUUCUGAAGUUACUUUGAAGAUGUGCUGUUGGCCUUGAAAUCCUCCAUUUUACAGUGUGUGAUGACAGUAUUUUAAUGUAUGCUGAUUUGCCUAAAGUAUCAGGUUUGUUUUCUGUGGAGCUAACAUACACAGACGGGCAUUUGUUUAAAGAAAGAAAAAACUGAGGUGGAAUUUGAUAUUUGUUUCUGUUGAACCUCUGGGAAGAUUUGGAGCUAGUCUUCCCUGCUGUUGAGUUGCCCCAUCCUGUAGAGCAUGAUCUUUCAGUCACUCUUAACCCUUGUGCUGCCUUCUGGUCACAUGACCCAAAGGUUCAUAAUGAACCAUCUUUGUGUUUACCCAAUUUUACCCAAUACAAAAACAAAUUAAAAUAAUUUUCUUUUAACCUUCGCAAUGUGGGGGGUCUGAGACAGCCCAACGGUUAAAAGAAAAUGCUUCACUUUGUUCUUGUAUGCGGUAAAGUUGUCGCAAUACGACGGUGGGUCACAAUGACUGUUGGGUCAGAAUGACCCGAAGAUAACACAAGGGUUAAUGUACUUGGGCCUAAACUCAAAACCUAAAGUCUAGGUUGCAAUCUGUUCACCACUGUUUUGGUAUAAACUUUGAUUUCGUUAUGACCAUUUGAAGUACGUCCAAGGAUAACUGACAAACCACACAGAUACAUUAUUUUUUAAAGGAGUUUAAUCAGGUUUUAUGCUUUUCAAGAUGUUAAAUUAUUAGAAUUUAUGGGUUAUAUUGCACUGUAUGUGAGUGGAGACUUUUACACCCGAGAUGUGAUUCUGCUCCUGUCUACUCGACACUGUCUCACAGUCAGGGGUUUUAUCUGUAUCAAGUGUGUUCAGCGCCAGUCAUAGCAUCGCCUCAGUUGUAGUCUAUAGAGAAAACAGACCAUAGGAAAUAAUCCUUCUCUCUUAGUACUGAGUCAUCUCACAAGAUCACCUCACCAUUUCACCAUUCCAUAUUAUAAGGGUGGUAACUUGACAACCAAGUUUGCGUUCUCUUUAGUUUACUUUACCAGUGAUAUUAAUGGAGGUUGAUAUACAGACCAGAAAAUGUAUUCUAAGGAUACCAUAAAUAUCAUGAGAUUCCCUUUUCAAAAUAACUUAUCUAUACAAUCAUGGUUACUCCUGUUUACUUUGACUAGUUUGUUUACCUUGUUUUGUUUACUUACUGUACUAUUGUUCCAGUGCAAACCCUUAACUGUCUGCCUGUAAUAAUGUGAAGUUACUUAUGGUCAUGAUUGAAGAGGAGACCUGCUGGCUUUUACAUCGUACUGUGGCUGAAGUCUUAAUGCACUGAGCUCACUUUUUUGGUUUACUUUCCUCCUCUUUGUCCUCUCGCAUACCUUUAGUUUUUUUUACAUUAGUUUGCGGUCCAAAAAAAACAUGUACCUUGAAAGAAGAGUUUUAUCUUGUGAAAUGUGAAUUGUCAGAAGGUUUACUUUAUCAGUUUCUAAAAUCGAGUUUAUGGAUCAUGUUCCCCUACUUGUUAGUGAUCUUAUGAAUGUGCGUGCUUUUUUUUGCACAUGCCUUUUAGUUAUGGAAAAUGAAAGCAAAUUAUGAAAUAUGAAUCAGAGCAGUUGUACACAAUCAGUCAUUCCUUAACUAAAUUACUCAUUUGCCGUUAGGUCAUAUUUAAGGUUUUAACUUGUAUAGAAAGAGGAGGUUAUGUGUACAUAAGACUUACGAUAUGAGUUGUCUGUUGCAUUCCUAGUUUUAAACGGCAAAAUAAUAUUUUAUGUAUGUAUGCAAUUAUAUUUGGGAGAAUCACAGUGGGUAUUUUAUGUCAUUCAUUGAUUAAUACUCUCAAUGCUCAUUUAAUUUCUCCUUGUUCUUUCUGUUGAACUUUUGUUUACAGGGUGAAUUUGACCAAUAAAGUGAAUUUACACUUGGAA